AUGGAAGACCAAAGAGGUGAAGAUCAUCUAUCAUCUUGGGUGUUGGGAAAUUCGAUUGUCAUUCAAAUGUCUCUAAGAGCUGCAAUUGAGCUAGACAUCUUCAAUAUUAUUGCCAAUGCAGGUUCUGAAGCUCAACUUUCUGCAGCUGAGAUUGUUGAGAAGAUCACAACAACCAAUCCGAACGCGGCUAUCACUUUGGACCGGAUACUAAGGCUGCUCAGCGUAAACUCUCUCUUGUCAAUGUUUCAAAGGCCAUGCCAAAGUGGGGAUGAUGCCACACAUCAAGAAAUGUGUUAUGGCCUAACACAGUUAACUCGUCACUUAGCAACUAAUAAGGACGGAGUUUCCUCGGCUUCGAUGGUGCUACUUUUCAGUGAAAGAAUGAUGGUUGAACCCCAAUACAUGCUUAAGAACAUGGUGCUUAAACCAGAGUGCAAGCCUUUCUACUCAAACUAUGGUGAGAAUUUUUAUAAGUACGCAGCAAAGGAGCCAAAGUUCAAUAAACUAUUCCAAGAAUUUAUGACACAGCUCAAAACUAUUCUUGGAUGA